AUGGCGGAGUUCCCGUGUCGCAACAAGCAGUGCGUCAGCCUCGACAUGUACUGCGACGGACAGAAGGACUGCGACGACGGAAGUGACGAGCCCAAUGCGUGCUCGCCCUGCAACAGGACUUACUACGGGCGUGUGGGCGCGACCUACACCCUGCAGGUCGCCAAGCCAGGCCGUGGGACGCUGCCACACUUCUGCCAACUGACCUUCGUGGCUUCCGGAGAUGACUUCGGCGACCUCGUCCAGAUCAGCAUCGACAAGUUUAACUUAGGAAGGUUCGUGUCGCACACCACGGCCGGCUGCCCCGACGGCUACAUGCAGAUCGAGGAGCUGAGUCGGCCGCUCAACGCCGGCUACUGGUGCGGCGCCGCCUGGGGCCACAACGUGUACUACUCAGAAACGUCGGCCGUGACGCUCAUGCUGCGGGUGUUCAACCGCAUCGAGGAGAGCGGUCCCGCCAACCCCGGCUCCUUCUCGCCGCAGGAUACGGUCCUGCUGAAGGUCACGUACCGCUUCUUCAAGAAGGAGAAGGCCGUGCUGCGCUACGGCGUGCCCUACAACCCGAGCUACCGCGGCGAGGACGUCACCAACUCCUUCUGCGACAAGUACUUCGAGAACUGCGACAAGAAGAACUGCAAAGUGCAGAGCCCCAACUACCCCGGCCUGUACCCGCGGAACCUCACCUGCUACUUCCACAUCCGGCAGACGCGCGUCCCCGACGGCAAGCUGGCGCUCAUCCGCGUGUUCCAGCGCAACCCGCACCUCAUCUACAUCAAGGACCGCAACGCGCCGCACCUCUCCCGCGAGCGGCGCAUGCGCGUGGGAUCGGCGUGCCACGUGCUGCACGACUACCUCAUCGCCUUCGACGGCAGCACGACCCGCACGCCCGUGCUGGCGACCAUCUGCAAGGGCGGCGCCCCGCUCUCCGGCAUCACCUCCAGCGGCCCCGACAUGCUGCUGGUGUUCCAGGCGUCGCCCUUCGACUUCCCGUUCCAGGACUCCCCGCGCCGCCGCAUCUUCGGCUUCGAGCUCGACGUCGAGGUCGAGUUCGUCGACCGCGAGUCGACGGCGUACGUGCGGCGCGGCGCCGGAUGCCACUACAUGGUGAGCAGCCGCGGCCAGAGGAGCGGCUACCUGCAGGCGCCGGCGCACUCGCUGCUGCCCAACACCACCUGCUCCUGGCGGCUGCUGGCGGCCACCACCGAGGUCGUGUGGCUCUACUUCGUGCACUACCGCCAUGCCAUCCACGCCGAGAUGCCGCCGCCCGCCAAGUGCUCCAACACGCUCACUAUCUACGACGGCGACGCCGCCGGCGAGGAACCCGAGGCCAUCUCGCUGGAGAAGCCCGGGGGCGACGUGGACAACACCACCUCCGCGCCAUCCAUCCUCGGCAGGUUCUGUCGCCCCGAGAAGCUGCCGCGCGUGUGCAGCGGCGUGCACGCCCCGGGGCAGCACUCGGCGCCCUGCUCGCCCGCCGAGAGCUACGUGUCCCGCUCGCCGGCGCUGACGCUGACGCUGCGCUACGCCGCCGGCACCGCCCCGGCCCACGUGGAGUUCCUGGCGCGCUACGAGUUCGUGGACAAGCGGCAGUGGGGCGACCCGACCCCCGGCGGCGGCCCCUGCGACCGCACCUUCACGCUGCGCCCCGACCGGCUCUUCGCGUCGCCGCGGGACGUCUUCCUGUUCGGCCGCGGCGGCACGCGGCGCCUGCAGUGCGUGUACACGUUCAAGGCGGCGCGACACCAACGCAUCGCCCUGCGCAUCCUCCGCUCCCGCAUGGGCUCCGGCUGCAGCACCUUCUACCGGCAGGCGUCGCAGCGGUUCGAGUGCUCGCACGGCGGCGAGCGGGGCGAGGCGGCCAUAUGGGUGAGGGAGGAGCCGUGGCAGGGCGUGCCCCUGACCCGCGCCUGCCUCUGCAACACGUCGCACAGCUCGCCGUUCCACCUCGUGUCGUACACCAGCCGCCUGGACUUGGUGUUCAGCGUGCCGGCCAUGACGGCGGUGCACGACUACACCGACUUCUUCUUCGAGGGCGAGUACGCCAUGCUGGACGCCGGCCCGACGCUGCGCGCCGCCCAGUGCGACGAGUCGGCGCGGCGGCUGUCGGGGCGCCACGGCAACUUCACGGUGGGCGGCUGGCCCAGCGACCACUGCUCCGGCCUCCCGCGCCUCGUCACGGCCACGGACGGCUCCUUCCUGUUCCUGCGCCUCCACGGACACCUCGCCUCCGAGAACAACUGCGGCGUGGCGGCGCGCAUCAACGUUUACUCGGCCGGGGGGUUGACGCCCAUCGCGUCCGUGUGCCCGGGGCAGCGCCAGGAGUUCACGCACGUCUUCAGCAACGGGUGGAGCCACCCGGAGGAGCUGCUGGAGGAUUCCUCGUGGCACAACAAGAGCGCGUCGCAGCAGAGCCGGCGGCAGCACAGCCAGACGCAGCAGGAGACGCGGGACCUGCUGGUGGAGUACGUGGGGAACUCCACGGGGCGCUACAUGGUCACGUGGGUGGGGGUGUGGCGGCCCCUGCAGACGGCGCCCCUGUCGCCGGCGGGGGCGGACCUGUGCCCCCACCGCUGCCCGGAGAUCCAGGCGUGUCUGCCGAAGGAGCUGUGGUGCGACGGCGACGCGCACUGCCCCUCCGGCAUGGACGAGGGCGCCGGCGCGUGCGGCUUCCUGGCCGCGCUGCCGUGGGUGUACCUGGCCGCAGGAAUCAUCCUCCUGAUGUCGCUGGUGGCCCUGCUAGUGGCGGUGGUGCUGCACCGCCGCCGCACGCUGGCCGUGAAGGCCGACGCGGCGGAGGUGGUGGAGAACAACAGCCACAGCGUGAAGAGCGCGACACACGACCUGCUGCUGCCGCUGGAGAAGGAGUCGUGGUGA